AUGCCCGCCGGCCAGGGCGCGCUCGCCUCGCCCGCGGGGGCCCCGGCCGCCCCGGGCUCCCCGGGCUCCCCGGGCCCCGCGCGCGCCGGCGUGCCGCAGAAGCUGGCCGAGGCGCUGAGCAGCCAGUACGGGCUGAACGUGUUCGUGGCGGGGCUGCUGUGCCUGCUGGCGCUGGCGGUGCACGCGGCGGGCGUCGGGCAGCGCCACCUGCUCUGCCUGCUCUCGGCGCUCAUGGCGCUGCAGCUGCUCUGGAUGCUGUGGUACGUGGGGCGCAGCUACGCGCACCGCCGCCUCAUCCGCCCCAAGGACACGCACGCCGGGGCGCGCUGGCUGCGCGGUACCAUCACGCUGUUUGCGGCUCUCAGCAUCAUCCUGGGCCUCUUCAAAAUCGGAUACUUCGUCGGGUUUUCAGAGUGUUUGUCUGCCACCGAGGGAGUCUUCCCUGUGACACACGCAGUCCACACUCUGUUACAGGUAUAUUUUCUUUGGGGACAUGCAAAGGACAUUAUCCAGUCUUUCAAAACUCUGGAAAGGUUCGGGGUGAUCCACUCCGUGUUCACCAACCUGCUUCUGUGGGCCAACAGCGUGCUGAACGAGUCCAAGCACCAGCUGAACGAGCACAAGGCGCGGCUCAUCACGCUGGGCUUCGGCAACAUCACCAUAGUUCUGGACGACCACAGCCCCCCGUGUAACUGCACGCCCCCCGGGCUCUGCUCCGCCAUCGGCCACGGCAUCUACUACCUGUACCCCUUCAACAUCGAGUACCAGAUCCUGGCCUCCACCAUGCUCUACGUCCUGUGGAAGAACAUCGGCCGCAGGGUGGACGGCGCCCAGCACCGCAGGGCGCGCUUCAAGUUCGACGGCGUGCUGCUGGGCUCGGCGCUGGGCCUGGCCGCGCUGGCCGCCACCAUCGGCGUGGUGGCCGUCUACCUGGUCCGCAUCGGGCGCUCCAAGAGCAAGAGCGAGGCGGCGCUCACCAUGUUCUACCUGUACGCCAGCGCCCUGCUGCUGCUCAUGGCGGCUGCCGGCCUGGUGGGCGUCCGGCUCUACCGGCUGGACGAGAAGUCGCUGGACGAGUCCAAGAGCCCGGCGCGCAAGCUGGACACGGACCUGCUGGUGGGCACCGCCUCGGGCUCCUGGCUCAUCUCCUGGGGCUCCAUCUUGGCCUUCGCCUGCGCCGACACCUGCCCGCCCUACGCCUGGUUCAACCUGCCCUACGCCGCGCUGGUGAUCGUGGAGAAGUACAUCCAGAACCUCUUCAUCAUCGAGUCCGCGCACCGCGCGCCCGCGCCCCGCGCCCGGGACGUCCGCGCGCUGCGCGUGGUCACCGUGUGCGGCGGCCAGGCCUCGGGGCCGGCCGGGGACACGCCGCCCGCCGCUGCCGCCAACGGGGGGCCCCGCGGCAAAGAGGAGCGGGAGCGGGGCCCCGAGGACGCCCCGGGCCCCGCCUGCCCCCCGGGGCGCCCGCGGGGAGACGUGGCCAGAAGCGCCCUCAGGAACAUCGCAGCUUUCCUGUUCUUUGGCAACAUUUCGCUGUGGAUUCCCCCCGCCUUUGGCUGUCGCCCGGAGUACGACAACGGCCUGGAGGAGAUUGUCUUUGGCUUUGAGCCCUGGAUCAUUGUGGUCAACCUGGCCAUGCCUUUCUCUAUCUUCUACCGGAUGCACGCAGCUGCCUCCCUCUUUGAGGUCUAUUGUAAGAUGUAGGCCGGCUGCACACACACGGAGAAGGCGCCAGGGCCACCGGGGAGGGCCGGGCUGGGCAAAUAUUGUCUGGCAGAUGCAGGCUGGCCAGCCAUUGUCUGCCCCAUUGUCCGCUUGGAGGGCUGGGAUCGCCCAGCCCCUCCGGGAAGGGCGAGCUUCCAAAUGACCGGGGCGGGAAUCUCUCCUUUGUUCGGUUCAGUCAAACCCAAAUCACUUUCUCUCCUGCAAACUGAGAUCCUUCGUUUUCCAACACUGUGAUCUUAGGUUGGGGAAAAGAUUUUCAGACCCCCCGUCCCCAUUUUU